AUGGGGAACACUGAAGUCUCCAAGAUUGAAGGCCGCGGCAAUGUGGUUUUGAAGAUGACAUCUGGACGUGGAGUCACUUUGACGAAUGUGAAGCAUGUGCCUGACAUGAAGAAGAACCUGGUCUUGGGAACCUUGCUCAACAAGAAUGGAUUCACCACAAGUCUUGAGGCGGACAAACUCGUGAUUAAGAAGAAUGGGAUGUAUUUGGAAAAAAGGCUUCUCCCGAAUUUCCUCAGGCAUCUUGUUGCGUUUCUGGUUAAGGCUAGGGAGGAGGGUCUCGCUUUUGGUCUUAGCGAGUUUCGGCAGUUCAUUCUGGUGAAACGGAACAAUCAGACCCCUGGGACUUUCCUUGUUUCUCCACGUCCAGGUCGUCACGUCAUAGAACAUAUUCCUUAUCGAGACGAGAAGUGGCGCGAACAGUUCUUCGUUUUCAGGAUGGAUCGAGCAUCUAUGGGUGACUUCAAUUUCUCCCGGCUCUCUCGGCGUUGGGCUGAGAAUAUCAUUCCUGCUGGAAGUUCCUCGAUGUUGGAUGAGAUCUGUGGUAUGAUGAGAAUCCUUCGGAGAUGUCGCUCGAAUUGGUUCACUUUUGACCAAACUCGGAUUCAGACUGUUUUUGCCUUGCCAGUGGGGACUGGCGUAGCUCCUUUAAUCGAGAAGUCCGAGGACGAGACCGGGCAUUCCCAGGAGGUCGCAGGAGCCUCUUCUGGUCAGGACCAGUCUACGGAUCGGUUAAAUAGACAGCUCGUGAGGAGGUCGUCGUUCCAAACUUCCGGGUCUGCGUCGAGGAGUCAAGCUUCAGGAAAGUCCCCUUUAAUCUCGAUCCAUGAUUCCGACGAUGAUGAUGUUCCAGCAGAAAGUCAGCCUCCUGCUUCGUUGAGUCCUGGUAUGGAUGAGGAGACUGUGGUGGUGACUCGUAAAGGACGUCAGAGGAGUCUUUGUCCGAGCGAUCUGAUUUCCCUUGCUGGUUGUAUGAGGUCCGCGGGUUGCCGUCUUCCUUCUCUCGCUUCGUCAGUUGAGAAGGAGGCCUAUGCAAAGGUUGCUGUGGCGAGCUCUAAGGUUAUGGAGGCUUUCAAUGAAUAUGUCGUGAUGACGGAGGAUCAUGUCGCGGCUUCCAGGAAUGAUAAGGAAAUCGAAAGAAUUGGUUCUGAGAUCAAGAGGCUUUCAGAAGAGCUUGAAGCCACCAAGCGAGAGGGGAAGGAGGAUGCUGAGAAGAUCGAAGCUUUGACUGAAGACUGGAAAAGAGUUCAUCUGGUAAAUAAGGCUCUCAAAUCUCGGAUGGUCGCUAAACGGGCAAGAAUUGUGGCGCUCGAAGUUGAGAGGGAUCGGGAUGUUCGCAGAGCUUCCCGUAUUGCUCGUCGCGACACUGCGGCCAAGUAUCGGGAGAUUCUUGAAUCCUUGAAAGAUAGGUGGGCGAGCAAGAAGAAUGAAAUAUCUGCUCAUCAGGUGGUUGCGAAUAUCGAUCUCUUGACCGAGCUCAAGGAUGGAGGCUUGACUGUGGAUGCGGAACUUGCUCAUUUGAAGGAAAUGGAAAGAGAAUGUGUGGAUCUUCCGGCGUCGGCUGCUGUGCCUGAUUGGUCGAUCUCUGAGCUCGAUCUUCUUUAA